AUGGAAAAUGCUGGGGCCUUUGAACGGGUCAGAAGUCCGUACGACUUGCCCACUUAUCAGAAAAGACUACGUCAUCUGAAGUCUGUAUCAAUGAGAAAUUUACAAUGUAGAAGUUUCAAUGGAGAUGAUAUGAAACAUUUAGAUGUUUAUUUUACUAUUCAUAAAGAUAGCAAAUCUCCUGCUGUUUAUUGGAGUGAAAAGAUAACUGGAUCAAUGAAUCCAACAUGGAGAGGGUUUGAUGCCAGUAGUUUUGAAGAUAAAAUAGACACAAUAUCAAGAGUGGUAGUGAUAAAAAUCUGGAUUCAGUUAAAAUCUAAGAUAAGAUUAUUAGUUGAUUUAGAAGUUGGUUUAAAAAGUUUGGUUUUCUUGGCUGAUAGGUUACAAGUAGAAGGUAUGAAGUAUCUUCCUAAUACACUGAUAUUUGGUUUAUUUGAUAAAUAUUUUAUACAACCUCCAGAACAACAACGACAGAAGGGGAAGGUAGAAGAAAAUAUAAAUAGUAUGAAGAUGUUACAUGUAUAUCAGGUCAAUACUAGAUCGUCGUAUAAUACUAGUUCAUUAUCCAGAGUACAGACUGUAUUACGAGCUGUCAAACAAACUCAGUCCAGUGUUAAUAAACUGCAUCAAGUUAUCCAAGAUAGACUUAUCUCUUCCCAACAUUCUCAUAAUAAGUCGCCCAAAUGGGUACAGAUAAUUCGGGAAAAACUAUUUCCAAGAAAGGACCAGUUGACAGACAGGACUCAAGGAAAUUUAAUGGAAAGAGAAGAGUUAUUAUUAAAAAUAAACCAGUUAAAAAGUGAAUUACGAUGGCAGACUAAUAGACUACAGUUAACUAAAGAUCAGUUUGAUGUCAGGAGAGAUUCUAUCAGAGCUAGAUAUGAGAGACUAAAAGAGAAUAAGCUAAGUUUAAAAGAAAGUCGUGUAAAACAAGAAGAAACUCGACAAGUUUAUAAUCAACAGAGAGAGAAGUGGAUUAAAGAAUCAGCUCAGUUGUUAAUAAGACGUAAACAGCUGAUUGGUGAAUUAUCUACAUCAGUAUUUCCUGUUACAGAGAAUGAGAAAGGAGAUUACUCUAUAUGUGGUGUCAGAUUACCUCAUUCUGAAAAUUAUCAAGGUCAUGAUGAAACAAUGGUAGCUGUAUCAUUAGGUUAUACAUGUCAUCUCACCAUUAUGAUAGCUCAAAUAUUAAACUUACCUCUACGUUAUAUGAUGGAAUUCCGAGGGUCAAGGUCACAAAUUCGUGAUCAUAUACAUAUCAGACUGACAGAGAAAGAUAGAGAUUUUCCACUAUUUAGUAAAGGAAAAGAAAAAUUCCAGUUUAAUUAUGGUGUAUUUUUACUGAAUAAAAAUAUUAGUCAGUUGAGAUUUUACUGUGGAUUAGGUACCAGUAAUUUAAGACUGACAUUACCCAAUAUAAAAACACUGCUAGAGUUACGGCUAGGGGUCAAAGGAGAAUAUUCCAUACCUAGAUCUUUAACAGCUCCAUCAACUAUAGGGGGUGGUGGUAGUUCUAAUAAUUCAGUUGCAAAAGAAGGAGCGAAGAGCACAACAAAUUCAAGUACGACCAGUAGCUUGGCUCGGCAAGACACUGCCUUGCUCCAGUCUUUAGAUACAGAGAUUAAUAAUCUUCACACUGUUGGUGAAACAGAUUUUCGUUCUGAUGUUUCUUUAACUCUCCAAAAACCAGAAAAAUUUGAUGAAGAGGAAGAACUCUUCGCAAAAACAGAAGACAGUUUUUUCAAAUUACCCAAAAUGUCGAAUUUAUCAACAGAUAGUAAAAUAGCUCAGUGUGAUGAUGUUAUAGAUGCUAUUAAUAUUAAAGCAAACUAUCAAUUACAAACCGAUCGGAAUUCCAAUGGUGUUGCAUUACAUUCCCAGAAUUCUACAAAUUCCCUUAGCAACUGUGAUAAUACCUCCCAUAAUUCCACUGACUCUAACUCCUCCAUGUUACAAAACGGUGGAGUAACAAUCACAGAGAGAAAAGACUCUGAAUCCAGUAUCCCCAGUGCUAAUAUGAUCAAUCCAAUUGUGACACGAACUAAAGAUUUAGAGAGUGAAGAAUUUCAUAGUUCUAUAGAAACAUGA